AUGAAGUCUCUUAAUGAUGAACUUCAAAACGCUAAAAACUCUAAUGAUGACUCUGAUAAAUCUCUAAUAUCCUCUCUAGAAUCACAAAUCAAUGACUUAAAGUCCAACAAAGAUGACUGCACUAAGUCCCAUUUCAUGGACCAGCAGCGUGCGUCCUCCCUUGAGGGGGAAGUGCAUCAUGGCAUUGAUGUUAUUGUGAAGCUUACACAGUUUAGUGGCUCUGAAAAGAGCAUUGAAACACUAAUUAAUAAAGAAAUUAAGAGGCUUAAUAAAACGCUUAUUAAGCUUUUCGAUAAAUAUUGUGGCUCUGCUGGUUGCUGUCAGAAGCAUCGUGAUACAAUUGAACAACUUAAGAAACUUCAUGAUAAUGUUAAUACGCCUGAAAAGCUUUCUAAAAUUAAUUUUGAUGAGCUAAAAAAGCAUCUAAAAGCAAUGGAAAAUCCUGUAAAUGACGAUGGAAAAAAUCCAUGUUAUUGGCAUCAUUCAAUUGACUCCAACACGUAUGACAAUUUGCACAGCAUUCAUACAAAAUUGUUAAAACUUACUGAUCAUCGAGAAAGUGUUACAAAUGCAAAUAAUGAUGCUUGUAAAAAACUUUUAAAUAACCUGUGCUCUGGCUUGGAGAAGUUCCUUGGUUACCAAGAAACUUCCAAAGGCUACGAUGGCUCCGGCAUCGUGUACUCGGACCUCGACAGGCUCUGCGACGGGGUGAUGGCGUUCUUGCACGGGGUGCUGGAGACUGUGAAGGAUGAUGAUAACGUUACAAAAUAUGAUAAAGAUGAUGCUUUGAAGAUUACUAAAGUUAUUACCACUUUACAUGAUAAUGUAGGUAAAGGCCGUGAGGCCUUCGAGGAGGCCGUGACUCAGGUGGACACAUUGACGAAGAGUGUUACUUCACCGAUAAAUGACCUUUUAGAAGGCGGCGAGAAAGGAAAUUUCAAGAACAUUCCGCAGUUGAUUAAAGACAUUCAAGGGAUGCAGAAGAGUAAUUAUGAAGAUGUCUCCGGCCCAGGAGGUCUGCCCAAGAAGACUCAAGAGGCACUUAAAGCACUUGAUAGCGUAGACAAACAGCUUUCUAAUAAGUUGCAUCCUCACGUUAAUUUGCUGCAUAAUGCUGUUGACACUUUUCACCUAAAUGUUGGUCGUGACCACUUUAGCGUUGUUAAGACGUGUGAGAGGGUGGACGAGCAGACAAAAAUCAUAACAGAUUAUGCUGAUAAGGUCUACAGAGAGGCAGAGGAGAAAGUGGGAGGCACGCUCUCCGCUUCGGCGGAUCUCUUAAACAAAGCAAGGAAAAAAUGUAAAGAGCUUGACAGUGACUGUCGUUAUGCUAGAAAACAGUUGGCCGAAUUGACCUCGGCGGCCGAGGAUAUUCUGCAUAAUGUUAAAGGCAACGCUUUAAAUGUAACAGAGAUCCAUAGGCAAAUUAAGGAGGUGCUAAGCGACAAGAUUAAUGAUGUGUGGGUCAAGUCUAUGGCCGUUGAUGUCAACAUUAUCCAGAGGGGUGUUGAGGAUUUACUAACUGGAGUUGGUGAGGCAAUGGGGAAUCUGUCCGAAGCUGUUGCAGGCAGUAAAGUUGAUACUGUGGAAGGUAUACUUGCAAAGUUGCACGGUGACGUGCGGGGUCUUCAGAAUCUGCUUGACACAACUAGGGAAGAUUUGCAGCAGGCACUUCAGAAAGUCCCAGCAUUAUCCAUACAACAGCUUCAUCAACCACAAACAUCAGCACGGAAAUUAGAUGCAGAACUACUUGAAGGCAAACUAAAGAAUGCCAUAACGCCUCCAAAGGCCACCGCUCCAUUACCUAAAGGCGGAGCUAAAGAAAAGAGUUUGGCAGGAAAAGUCGACGCUGCUGUUGCAGCAGUGAAGCAAAAAGUCGGAGCGAUUGAGAGCGAUUUCAAACCAUAUUAUAAAUCACUUGAAAAAGCAGUUGAGGAAUUGCAGGCCGUUAUGAAAACUCUUAAAACAUUCUCCCAGCAUGUUGCCUCAGAUUCAACCGGCGUUCCAAACGAUGUCAUAAAAUUAGAAGAUAAUGUUACUCAACUUCAACUGCAAUUCCAAAGACUUAUAAAUGCAGUCACACAAGUUGACAUAACAAAUAAAAUUAACGCGUUAGGCACCGCUCUUGCUUCCGCCAAAGAAACUAUCAUAAAAUACAUCAAAGAUACUGCCAAACAAUUUAGAACAAAAGCUCUCACAGCCCAAAUCGCCACCAAACGCGAAGCUCUCACGCAAUUCGCGCAGGCCAAGGGAGCGGAGCUAAGCGCUUUGCAACAAUUGGUUACCGAGAAAAAAGAUGAAAUCCAAAAAGUAAUAGAUAACGAUAAAGCGACAGGCCUCAAAGGCCUUAUGCCGAAAAUUUACGGCGGUGACAUUCCAAUUCCCCCCAGUGUUGCUUCGACUCCAGGUCUAAAGCUUCACGCCCUAAUCACUGCUUUAGGUUCACGUGAAAGUGACGGAACCAAAUUCAAACAGUUGUCUGAAGCAUCUAAAAAUUAUUUGGAUGAGAUUUUAAAGUAUGUCUCUUCUCAAGUCCACUCCCCUCACUCCUCCCAGUCCCACUCCCCCCAAGUCGACCGCCUCAAACAGCAACUGGACACUCUACUCACUAACCUAAAAAACUCCAGCAAAGAUAAAUUGUAUCACUUCGACCACACGUUCACUUCUGACCUAGCCGCACUUAACGAUGCGCUUGCCUUACUAACCCCCAAGCAGUUCCACGGCCACAAACACCCUGAGCUGCUCGACGCGCUGACCGCUGGAGCGAAGCGACUGGCAGGCGAACUGGGCAAACAGUACGUGAACAGGUACAGCGGACAUGAAAAAAUAGACUUUGGUAAAUUGUUGGUAGAUAAGAUUCCAGAGGACGGCAAACCAUCCAACGAAAAAGAGUUAACGCCGGACGGCAUUAGGCUGUCCAAGGUGUUGCUCACGUUGCUGUCCACACUAAGCACCUCGUUGAGUACACUGAAACACGAUUGUCGCACUCUGAAAGGAGAGCAAAUUAACCAGUCUAGUAACGUAGGGAAAUUAUUAGCCGGUCACGGCUAUAUUGUAUCCGAGUACGGAAAGCAGGACGGACAGCUACGGAAUAAGAAAGAGUGCAACGGUCAGCAUAUUAUUGAUUUACUCACCAAAAAAGUGGACAACUCCGACAAUAAUACACAUCUUAAGACGUGUACGUUGACAAAAGACAAUAAAAUUAAGUUCAAUGUAAUGGGUAUCCUUGACUGUAUGUUGAGUCACCUUAACGAAUACAAUGAAGUCUGUCACCUGUCCACUUCAUUCUCCAAAAAACAUCCAUGUUCAGUCAAUGAGAUGUUGUGUUGGCUCUCGGGCCUUCCUCACAACCAUAUAUAUCCAAAUCUUAAGAGUCACAUUACGUCUUUGUUUGAGGUACCAGAUAGGAGUGACCCGAAUGUUAAAACGGUGCAGCCCGUGGAUGCCCAUCCAUCCACCUUUUCAUAUAGACAUGUACAUGAUGCACUUAAGAACAUGGCAGCUCAGUCUCAGAAUCUGCUCCGCACCAUACGCGGUACUGGUAAUGCUCUGAUCACAUAUGGUUGUGAUUAUACCAACAACUCCCUCAGUCUUACGUAUCCAUCAAAUCCUGGCGCUUGCUUUGAUACGCUUUAUGACAUUCUCCGUAGAUUGUUCCCAGUAUUUAAAUUCUUACAGAUACAAUGUACGUACGCCGGGAAAGAUUACGGCUGGCGUGACUGCCUCUACGGCAACGGCGUCGACCCGUCGAGUUGGCAAUGUAGGGACCACCCAAACACUAAACCAACUGGUCAAGCAAAUUGCCAACCAACAGACCAACCAAAUGGUCAACCAACGACUGAACCUAGGUGCCAACCUAAGUCACCACUAAUGAGCUACCUUAACGACUGUCUUCCCGGUCAUUUACCACACCAACUACAGUCAGUGGGUUGCACUUUCAAGUGUACCACAUGUUCUCCCAAUGCCAAGGGAAUGCCCUGUCUGACGCCUCUCGGCUUCAGAUACUUUUCGGGCAGUAUGCGUACAGGCAAAGAACUAUGCCUGUUGCUUGACGAUAUAUGCGGAAACUAUGGCGUUCUCACCGGACUUAUAUCAAUGCUUACGUGCGUUACUGUUCGUCCUCCGCAGUUGUUCCCUGAUAUAUUUGCCUUUUAUUCCAUGAUCUUAAGUAAGUGGGAUAAUACGCCUAACCCACCGAACAAGGUUGAUAACAAAAGUAUACGAACUGCCAUAUCCGACGCUAUUGACGGUACCAUUGCGUGUAGCACCGAUGACGCCAAUAAACUACUUGACCCUUGCGGUCUGUUGUAUCAAUCCAACUCCCAUGCCGACCACAAUCUCAAUAACCCUGAUCUGAAAUACCUUGUUGGUUGCGGAAAGCAAGAUUGUGGUACCUUCAUGCAGCCUCUUAGCCAUUCUGCGUACUCCAUUUUUGCACCGAGACAUGCCAACAGAUAUUUCUCAUGCCUGCUAUACAGUGGUUGGUCACUUGUAAAAUUCCUUGAGCAGUUGAAGGACGCAUUCUGCAGCAUUUCAUGUGCCGAUGCUGGUUGCCUACCUUGUGUAGACACUAAUCAGUGCCGACAGGGCAAGCAUGGUUCCACAGACUGUGGAUGUAUGUCCAUGGUAAACUGCAAAGGAGUCUCGUCGGUGUUUUAUAAAUACGGUCUCACGUACGCAAAUGCCCCCGCCGGCACCAGAAAGAAAUGUAAAUAUUUCUGCGACACAAUAGAUCGCAUAUUGAGUUCCAAGCUGCUAGGUAAUUUCCUGUCGGCAAUCGACGAACUCAUCUUCACCGUCAGAGAGAAUUUCAUAUGGACAUUACUAGGGCUUUGGGCAUUUUCAUUGCUCUACCUGCUGCACAUCACCGUCGUCCGCCUCGACGUUCUGAGGAUACGCUCCCACCUGCGCUCACCCUCAAGCCACCGCAUCGCCGCACAGUCCCUCCUCGCCGCCGCACGCGUCAAGGCACUCGCCAACGUCAAGUACUUCUCACCAUAA